UAAUUUCUGCACAGCGCAAUGUUGUGAAUGAGGGACAGGGUGACGUCAGCGCUCGAAUGUCAACAAUGUAGAGCUGGGCGAAAGCAUUUCAUACGAGGGAUACAAACAGCAGAGGAGGAAGCUGCACGCUGUUUUUCAAAGAGACAAAAACGAUAACAUAUAUUAGGCCUAACCACGCGUUAUGCGUUAUAAUACGAAAUAUUGAUGACUAUUGCUAAACACGCACUUUCAACAGUUUGGAGUGGGUGCUGCUGAAGUCACCAUGUGGAAUCAAUCUAAUUUGUAAAAGACCGACGGAGCGCUGACGUGCAAGAAAACAGGAAAGUUAAGGGUGUGAGCGGAAUGUCUCUGGAUGAGGGGGCCCACGCCGGGUCCAGGGAGACGCCCAUGUACGUGUAUGAGUCGACGGUGCACUGUGCCAACGUGCUGCUGAGUCUGGAGGACCAGCGGCGGCUGAACAUCCUGUGUGAUGUGACGGUGGUGGUGGAGGGGACAGAGAUCAGGGCCCACAGGGCCGUCCUGGCAGCCAGCAGCAGAUACUUCCUACAGGUGCUGCUGGGACACACACAACCCGAGCAGGAGCCAAUCAUCAGCCUGUCUGACAAGAUCACAGCCAGGGGGUUUGCCCCGCUGCUACAGUUUGCCUACACAGCCAAACUGGUUCUGAGCAAAGAGAACAUCCAUGAGGUGAUCCGCUGUGCUGACUUCCUGGGCGUUCACAACCUAGAAGACUCCUGCUUCCGCUUUCUACAGGCCCAGCUGCAUAGCGACACGACUGAUCACAACAAUGGCCUUUGUCGCAAGGAGCCGCCGCUGUCGGCGCACACAGAUGACCUCAUCACGGAGGAGGAUGGUGACGGUGGUGGUUCCACGUCGUCCGAGACCCCCAGAGUGACGUCAUCCUCUGCGACGAGGUGGCGACCCAAUCACUCGACCCUCAUGCCCCUCACCAGCAGCCUGACCUCUGACCUCCCACAAUGCCCCAAAUACAGGAAGUACCAGCAGGCCUGCGGCAAGCACAACGGAGAGAACGAGGACGAUGACAGCAUCACCUCGGCCGCUUCGUCACUAUGCCAUGCCUCAGCCUCCCCAGGCCGCUCAGAGACCAGCAGCACCCACCAAGGGGCGCAACCCCUUUCCCCCUCCAGAAUCAAAGAGGAGCCCCGCUCCGGGGGCGAGGGAGAGGAGAGCCCCCCAGGACUGUCAGAGGAUAGCCAGAAUGUCCUGGAGAUGGAGUUGGAAGGGAGGCCGGAGCCCUCAGCGCAUCCCCCCAGCAGAGGUUCUCCAUCUUGCCUGCACCUCCAGAGGGGCCUCCUGGAUCUCAACAACCCAGCCAGCACCCUACCUUCCACUCCUCUCACCCAGCAGCUACUGACCAACAGACUCUCACUAGCCCAUAACAGGGACAGAGACAGGGAGUCAUCUCAGGGGGAGGGUGGAAGGGACCUCAGGGCGGUGUCUGCAGAGACAGUGGGAUCUUCUGUUGGAGACAUAGAGGGGGUAGUAGAGGACAUGGCAAUGAAGCCCCUUGUCUCAGACAGAGUCAGCAAACGGGAAGUAGAGUUGGAUCGCCGCAGCAGCGUCAUUUUCUCCUCCGGGGCAUGUGACCAUCUGGGAACACCGUCUCAAUCCUACUCUGACCGGAAGUCUCUGGAAAAAGAUCUGUUGGAGAUCACCUCGAAAUCCCUGUGGACAGGUGUUAGUCAGUCUCUCCCCUUCCACCAGACAUACUCUCCCCUACCCUCCUCCACCACCUCCUCCACGGCCCUCCAGGACCCCCUGCCGACUAUGGCCUGCCGACCGCGGCCCACCACCAGCUGCCCUCUGCCCAUAAAGAUCUCCUCCUGCUCCCCUGCCUGCGAGCCACGCACACGCACCUCCAGCUCCUGCUCAUCUUUCUCCUACCUGGAGGACGGUGGCAGUGGGGACUCGCCCUCCAGCCUGCCCCAGUUUGAGUUCUCCUCUUCCCCAUGCUCUGUAUCGGGCUCAGGCUUGGCUCGCUGCCUGGUGGGGGAGCAGAGGAAGCACAGUGGGAUGGUGGUAGGGGAAGCCAUCUUCUCUCAGGGCCGCACCAAGAUCAAGUGUGAACGGUCGUAUGGGGCCAACUCCAGUGAUGAAUCCGGGUCCUUCUCAGAGGGAGACAGUGAGUCUGGCCCUGCCAGAGAGCCAGGUCCCGAAGUCAAACUUCCCUUCCCGGUGGAUCAGAUCACCAAUCUUCCACGUAAUGACUUCCAGAUCAUGAUAAAAAUGCACAAACUGACCUCAGAGCAGCUGGAGUUCAUCCACGACAUCCGGCGGCGCAGUAAGAACCGCAUCGCCGCCCAGCGCUGCCGCAAGAGAAAGCUGGACUGCAUCCAGAACCUGGAGGUGGAGAUACACAGACUGGUGCAUGACAAGGACAAGCUGCUGAGUGAGAGAAACCAGCUGAAGGUGUGUAUGGGUGAGCUAUGGCAGAACCUCUCCUACCUGUCCCAGGCUGUGUCCCAGGAGGUGUGCAAGGAGGUACAGGGGAACCACGAGAAGACCCACGCUCUGCUCCCUACACACAGGUCCAGAGAUCCUACUGCCACCACCAACAGCAUCUCCAUCACGGCCAGCAUCGACCUCACCUCCAACCCAGGCUCCCCCACCUCAGAGGGCAGCCAUGUCAAGUCCCCCUGCCCCUCUGAAAGCCCCAUGGAGAGAGCCGUUGGCGCUGGGCAGGGGCGGCAGAGCAGUGGCGAGAUAGAUGUGUCUGACCUAGGGCAGGAGGACCCUGAGUCUUCCCUGGAGCCUGGAGCGUCUACGGGUGUGUGUAGCCCCACUGUUUCGGUGGAUUUCUCUCAGGAGAUGACUGAGAAAUGUACAACAGGAGAACAGCCCAGACAGGGCUGUAUCUAGCUAGCAACGGAAAAUGAAUAGCUAGUAACAGGGUGUGUUUUUGUUAUUAUGACACACAUCUCUACCUUGAUAUGUAAAAGGUUUGAAGUACAUUUCUUCUCUGUGUUUUUUAAAGGAUGACACUACAGUUGUCUUAUCAGCAAUACUUUUAAACAGGUAUUUUGGAGUUAUCAAACUCCAUACAACAUUGCUCUGGCAGCUCUCUUUCUCUCUCUAUUUCUGUCUCUCCCUCCCUCCAUCUCUCCCAUCAUGGGAGUAUAAACUCAGGAAUUCCUCUGAAUGUUUAAUAAUGUUCAAUAAUGUCUCUGUAAAAAGCUAUUCAUUUCAAAUUGUACAUCUGAAGAGUUCUUCUAUACAGCUGAGAGUAGAAUGAACUCUCAUAUGCAAAGUUUCCUUCAGUUCUAAUUUCUCACUUUCUUUUUCCUGCAUUGUUUAUGUACAUUCCUCUUUUGCCUUUAACACACAGUAGCAUCUAUGGUGAAAUAAAGAAAGGAAUCAACAUACUGUAGCUAAAGUGGGAAAUAGAAGAAAAACAAAAUCGUAUUGCACCGUUCAGCACCUCCAAGAGGUAAUCUAAUUUACACGAACAAUGCAUUUACACUAGCAAAUGCUUUGACAUUGGCACUUAGAAAUGAAAAAUUCCCAAGUCAAGUACUUACUUAAAUUAUAUUCAACAAAUAUAAAUGUGUCAAAGACUAACAUUCUUAUCUAAACCAUAUUGCUAUUUUAGGGGUAGAAAUGUACUGUCCUACAUGUGGUGAAAAUGUAAUAUUUUGUUCUGAGGUUAUUUCCCAUUACAUUUAGUGUAAAUCAGAUGUAUUAAAGAAUUGGGGUGGAAGUGGAAGUCACCACAUAUUCCUGGUUUGAUAAUCCUUAAAUAUAAGAGUGCAAUUUAUCCUCUAAACUUGUCCAGUAUUCCUAAUGGUGUAUUAUCAAGUGAAAUGUUGAAUACUAAUUCAAAGAGAUGCUUAGAUAGUUGUUGGUCCAUGAUAAUGCCAAAUUAUUCCAUUGUGGAAGAUCGUUCUGUAGCAUGUGUCAUGGUUAGAUUAGUGGUUUCUUUGUUUUCUCUAGGAACUUUCCAAUGUCACAUUCUGGGAAUUUCAAUUGAUAUCUUUUAGUUUUUCUCAAAGUAUAAAGUACCAAUGACAGAGCUCCACAGAAUGUACUGUUACUCUGAGUACACUGAAUAUACCGAUCACCCCAUUUUGAUAUUUUUGAAUUUGAUAACUAAAUAUAAACAUGUUCAGUUAUUUAUUUUGACAAUGUUUCUGUGGGGAUGAUUUGUUGGCACAAAAUGUAGGCCUGUAAAUUUCCUAACAUUGAUUCUUGUGAUUUUUAAUGGUUGUUGUUUUUACUGACAAUUUGGAUGAAAGACAAGUCUUUUGUGUUUUAUGAUUCACAAUGUCCUUAUUUAGUACAAAUUAAGCAAACGUUUAAAGAGGUAAGUGUUUACAAAAGUCUGUGUAACAUGUUUGUGUUUUUUAAGGAUUUUUCCAUGACAAGAGACUUUGCAUCAUUGGAUUGAUAAGUUUGGGUUUUUAACUGUUUUUAAAAUGGAACACUAGGGUUCACACAAGAUUUUAAACAUAUGUUUGACAAAUGCAGCUCCAAGUCUUGCCUUAGAGGUUUCAAAGGCCAAACUCACAUGAAAGGGAAGGUGUCAAUUUAAAACCAUACUGUGGAAAAAUAACGUUCUGUCCAUACCAUGAAAGAAAUGACUGAUUUCAGUACAACCACAAUGUUUACUUGAUGGGGAAAAAACGUAAUCGCAAAAUCUCUUAAUGUGCAUUAACAAUGUUAUUUUACCACGGUGCAGGUUUGAUUGAAUCCCAGCCUGAGUGUAUGCAGAGGUUAUGCCUCAUGAACAUUAUGGACUCUUACACUUAUCUACCUGCAAUCCUGCAUACCUCUCAUUUUGGGUCAAGGACUGUACAGUUGGAAUACGUUGUGUGUGGUUUUGUUUCUAUGGUUAUUAUUGUAUUUGUAGAUUUUUGGUGAGAUAUUUUUUACGUGUAAUUUGAGUAAACUGCAAAACGACAGAUAUCAGCUGUUUCACUUUUCCCUUUUUAGCUUAUAAUGUUCAAAUUGCCUGAGUUCGUCAUAUUGUAAAUAUUAUGUAACUGUUGUUUUUGUUAAUUUGACAUGCAAAUGUUUUGGAAGAAAACUUUUUGUCAAGACGCAAUUUCUGUUUAUGGAUUAAAACAAAUAGCAUGCGCCAA